AUGAACCGGUCAGUGCGUCAGGGGAACCCGGCCAGGAGCCCCAGGAGGCAGGAGGUGGGGGACCGGGGCGGGCAGCCGCACAGCCCGGCUGCAGGUGACCACAGAGCGGGGUCCCGGGCCAGGGACAGCGCCGCAGGGUCGAGCCCCGCGCUACAACGAGCACCCCGCGGCAAGCGGCACCUGGAGGGGGUCCUGAAUAAAUACACCAACCUGCUCCAGGGCUGGCAGAACAGAUAUUUUGUCCUGGACCCAGAGGUCAGCCAGCUCCAGUAUUAUUUAAAUGAGCACAGCAGGAGCCAGAGACCUCCCCGGGGCUCCAUGCCUCUCCUUGGAGCCUCGGUGGUCUCCAGCGAAGAGUAUCCUCACAUGUUUACAGUUCACUCUGCCACCGGGGACUCCUUCAAACUCAGAGCUUCGGAUGCCCAGGAGCAGCAGUUAUGGAUGACUCAGCUACAGCUGUGUUCCCGACGCCACUCUGACAGCAGUGCCAAGGCCUCCUGCACCUCCUCCUCCUCCUCCACCUUUUCCUCCUCCUUGUCCCUGGGCCGGACCCGCAGCUUGCCCCCGCAUUCUCCCCCUCCUCCUGCCCUACCCGCCUACUCCUACAUUCAGAGACCUCUUCCUCCCUCCCCUUUUUCUUCUCACCUCCACCAUCAUCUUGGGGCAGCUCAUGGUGGCAUUAUCAUCGUCACCCAUCACCAAUCUCCUGGCACUGCCCGCCGGGCCAGGAUACACCAGCAGCACAGCGCUGGGAGGCUGCAGGAGGUCAAAGAGGUGAUGAGCCAAGCUGAAGACCAGCAGAAGAACCUGGUCAACUCUAUCGAGUCACUGCCCCCCCGCGGUGGACCGCCCUCCUCUCUCGAUGAGGACCUGCUGCUGUUGAAGGCCACCUCUGCAGCCACUCUCAGCUGCCUGGGCGAAUGCCUCAGCAUGCUGCAGCACAACGUCUGCCAAGUGCUGCACCAGAACCAGAACCACAUCCCCAGUCCCAGUCCCAGCCACAACUCCACUGCUCAGAUUCAGGCGGAUCACACCGAAAGAGUCACGUCCUGGAGUCAGCGCCUCGGCUCCAGUGUGAACCAGGCGGAGCCGGGCGGCGUCAGGUCCUGGAGUCAAAGCCCGAGUCACAGCUUCAGCGAGAGCCGGAGCCCCAAACACAGCAGCCACAGCGGGAGGAGAGGAAGUGGCCACAACCACAUCCAGAGUCAGAGUCAGAGCCGUGCACAUGCCGAUUAUCCAGCUGGGUGGUCCAGAUCCCCCUCUGACAAGCAGGUGAAAAAUGGAGGGGUGUCACCUCUCUCCUCCUCUUCUUCUUCACCUUCGUCCACUAAAAGACACAAGGACGUCAGUGCUGAGCAGGGGCAGCAGCAGGGCCAGACCAGCAGCCCGGAGGCUCUGGAUCCCAGCGACGAGACCACAGACACGGAGGACAACGAGGAGGAGGACCUGGGAGUCCUGGAUGACCAGCGCAGCAUCAUCCUGCACCUCCUGUCCCAGCUCAAACUGGGCAUGGACCUCACACGGGUGGUGCUCCCUACCUUCAUCCUGGAGAAGCGUUCCCUGCUGGAGAUGUACGCCAACUUCAUGGCCCACCCCGACAUGUUCCUCUCUAUCACCACUGGCUCCACACCUGAGGAGCGGAUCGUCCGCUUCGUCGAGUACUACCUGACCGCCUUCCACGAGGGCCGGAAGGGAGCCGUGGCCAAGAAGCCCUACAACCCCAUCCUGGGCGAGAACUUCCGAUGUUCCUGGUACGUGCCUCGGGACCGUGUCCGACCACUCAGGACUAACAACUCGACCGGUCCCAACUCUGUCAACUCAGCGCCUGCAACUUCUGCCACCCUUGGGUCCUCACAGAAGGGGACGGACGGUAGUGGCGGGGGAGGUAACUCAGAGUGCUAUCGCGUUCGGUUCGUGGCGGAGCAGGUGUCCCACCACCCGCCUGUCUCGGGCUUCUACUGCGAGUGCAAAGAGAAGAGGAUGUGCGUCAACACUCAUGUCUGGACCAAGAGCAAGUUCAUGGGCAUGUCUGUGGGAGUCUCCAUGGUUGGAGAAGGUGUCCUGUACCUGCUGGAGCACGAUGAGGAGUAUGUGUUCACCUUGCCCUGUGCCUACGCCCGCUCCAUCCUCACGGUGCCCUGGGUGGAGCUGGGAGGAAAGGUCACCAUCAGCUGUGCCAAGAGUGGCUACUCCGCCACCGUCACCUUCCACACCAAGCCUUUCUACGGGGGAAAAGUGCACAGAGUGACAGCGGAGGUGAAGCACAACCAGACAGGAACCAUCGUGUGCAAGGCCCAGGGCGAGUGGAACGGGACCUUGGAGUUCACCUACAGCAACGGGGAGACCAAGGUGAUUGACACCUGCAAACUGCCAGUCAUCAGGAAGAGGAUCCGGCCCGUGGAGAAGCAGGGCCAGUUCGAGUCACGGUGUCUUUGGCAGCACGUCACGGCGUCACUGAAGGCAGGAAACAUGGACGCCGCCACAGAACACAAACACCGUCUGGAGGAGAAGCAGCGCAUCGAGGGCAAACAGAGAGCUGCCACCAAAACAGCAUGGAAGCCCAAAUAUUUUAUCAAGGAGGGUGAGGGCUGGGUGUACCACAACCCUCUAUGGAAAACACACUGACCAGGAGCCUUGGGUGCAGCUCUCCAGAGGGCAGCGGGGGCAGUCAGAGAGAGAGAGAGGGCGAGCCCACCUGCAGAAGAGGCCGAACGACAAAAGCAGAGGAAGAGGAGAGGAAGAGGCAGCCAUUCAAGCCAGAAGGAGAGGUGCCAAAGAGUAAUGGAGGGAGACGGACAAGUGAACAACAAGCUCAUGGGUUCCUGUGUCCAAUCAGAAACGUGUGCGCCCCCUGGUGAGCUGAGGGUGACGUUACACAAGCAUGGCCAUUUAGGAGAUUAUUCAGACGGACACAGAGAGGCUGACUAGAGUGAAACCGACCGAAUAUAACGGGACAGCUUUUUUUCUAUGAAGUACAUGUAGAUCCAAAUACCAGAAGAACUUGUAAACAUGCUACUGCCCCUCUUACUUUUUAGUUGUUUGCACAAUGUACUGAACAACAAUGUUGGUCACAGAGGUUUUUUGCACAAUCCACUGUAUAAUUUAGUGUAAACAGCAAUGUAUAAAGAGUCUGUAUGUGUGUUUGUAAGAGUGAAUGACGUUGUGACGUGUUUUGAUGCUACUUUGGAAAAACAGCCCUACGCACAUUUCAUUGACAUGCAUAGAGAGCGAUGCAGAAUGUAGCCAGAUGGAUUUCAUCACGGGCCAAAGCCGCCGGCCCGCUUCUGCUCUCAGUAAUGAAACUCAUUAAAACGUAAUGUGAGAUUGAACUUUUUGGAGGAAAUUAUAUUCCACCUGAAGUCGUCCUCCAUAUUCAUGAGGGGGAAAACGCUCCAUCCUUAAACUACAAGCAUUUAUCAUCUUAAGGUUCUUUUUCACUGUAAUAAUUCAAUUACGAGUUUUAAUCCCCGAUCAAACAGAGAUACUUCCUCUGGUCGAGUUAAAUCACAUGGGAAGGAAGCCAAAGAACAACAGCUUUUCUGGCCGGAGCUCAGUGAAAGAGACAAAGCCAAGGGUAUGAAGACCGGUGCUCAAACUACUUUACUAGCCAAUAUGCCCGUUUCACAGCAGCCAUUGUGAGAUGAACAACAGGUAAACAGAGGUGUUUAAUGGCAUUAAUCACAGCACUGCUCCAUUCAGGCCUAACAGAGCCAGGGUCCUGCUGUUGUGCAUGCUGGCACAAUGAAAUAGAACAGAGCUUUAAUUAAUGUCAUUAGAGACACCCUGAGUUUACCCUGCUAUUUCAUGUCAAAAUGGCUGCUGUGGAAAAAAAAAAAAAGUCAGUUAAGCUCUUCAGCUCGCCUGAAAGCCCUCCAUGACAAGCGAUAGGAGACUCAUGAAAGAAUAAAAACAAAGUUGUUACCUUUUUUUAUUUUUGAUUUACAUUUUGAUGAGUUUGUCCCUGUCAUUUGGCAGUAAUUUGCCAGCUUGGCACCAGCUAUAUGUUGUCGUCUCUGCCCACUGAGGUUUAAUUCAACCAGUGGGAUACCAUCUGCCUCAAGGAGAUGUUUGUCAAACUAAAACUCCAAUCUGCUUUUACACGUGAAAAUUACACAAUCAGCGAGACGUGAACGCGGCACUCGCCCUGCUGAUUUGACUGCAGAGGUUUAAUCAUGUUUUGACCUUUCAUGACUUUAUAAUGUUUCUAGGUGUGGUAUGUCAAAAACCUGCAUUUUCACCAAAUGGAUUGCCAUCUGCCUAAAGUCAUGAUUGAUAUAUGUGCGCUUGUCACGUAUGUGUGUGUGUGUGUGUUUGCCUUAUAUAAAACUGAUAAGCACUGUAGUACACUUUGUAGACACAGCUGUGGUGUGGUGAUCAUGAUCACUGUACGAGUGAGAUGUGAGAUAUCUCAGCAGGAAUAUCAUCUUUGUUCAUCGGGUUACAAUAGUAAGGUGCUUAUUGGAGUUUCAGAGUGGGAAAUAUUGUCAGUGUACUUGAUUAAAGUCCCCCGUCUCUUUUUUAUGAGCCAUAUGUAGCUGGCUCAGUACUAAAUUAAGGGAUCCUUAACACAGUAAUCUGUAGACCUCACGAUUCUGGUCUCAUAGAAACAUCUCAGCAUUAAAACAUAUUUCUUGCUCUACUUGUAAUCAGUGCUAGAGAUACUUCUAGUACUUAAGUGGUUUGGAAAAUCCAUCAUGCCAGAUCACACUGGAGCCAAGCUCCUCCUUCCUAAAGUCUUUAACAUUUCAAAUCAUCUCCGAUGUGAAUGUUUGUAGUCAUCAGUGCUGCAGUGUCAUCGUGGAGCUUUGACCAACCAAAUAAACAACCAAACUCGUUGUUCUGUUCACCACCGGGCCGUAUAGAGAACAAACCUAUGCAACACUUGACUGUAGAGGGUAGACUCCACAUACUGGGGCAGGGUAAUUUAACAAGAUCUGUAUUUGUUUAAAAUAAAGAUCUGUUACGAUCA